ACAAUCCAACAAGCUAUUGAGUUAUCCAUGGUCUAACAACUUAACGAGCUUAUUUGAUUCAGAGGUUUGUACAACAUGUUUCGAAGUUCAAUUCGGAGUCAAUUGACCUCAAAUUUAAUUCACCGACGAUGUUUCGCAACUACCAUUUCACGACAGGCUGAUUUUACACAUGCUGUAUAUACCCUUUCAUGGUGUCGGAUAUAUUCUUGCAAAUUGAAGGCUAAUACAUCAAGGUCAUCGGUGGAGGUGCGGUAGGUCUUGCAAUUGCUAGACAGUUGGCAGGUAGAGAUGGAACAAGCACAUUACUCCUCGAGCGCAAUAGUGCUGUAGGAAUGGAAACCAGUUCGAGGAACUCUGAAGUCAGUGAUCCUUCCCUCCCUUAAUAUCUUUUUUUUAGAUGUCGUUGCACGAGGAUAUACCUCGAGAUGUUUUCAUCAUUACCUUCAAUCUAACAUGAUUCUACAAUUAGGUCAUCCAUGCUGGUCUCUAUUACGGUGCCAAUUCUCUAAAAACCAAUCUCUGCAUCCAAGGUCGCCAAAUGCUCUAUGCCCUCUGCGCUAAAUAUGACAUCCCCCAUAAAAAUAUGGGAAAAUGGAUCGUCGCCCAAACAGACCAGCAAUACGAAGAAUUAAUCAAAGUUCACAAAUUCACCAAAACUCUCGAGGAUGUCCCUACCCAUUUUAUACCUUUGGAACAAGCUGCUAAAGAAGAACCUUAUGUGCGAGCUCGAAAGGGGAUUCUCGAAAGUCCUACGACUGGAAUCGUGGAUUCGCAUUCUUAUAUGCAGUUUCUACAUGGGGAUUUUACGGAGAAAGGAGGGGAUACCGCAUUGAAUAGUAAUGUGAUUGCCAUCACACCCUUAGGUGAUAAGGGAAGUUCAGGGUGGGAAAUUCUGGUAAGAGAUAAAGCCAGCGGGGAAGAAACUAUAUUCACAUCCGAGACUAUAAUUAAUUCCGCCGGCCUGGGAGCAUGCGAUGUUCACAAUAUGAUCGUAUCCCAAGAACAACAUCUGAAACAAUACUACGCCAAAGGAAAUUACUUUUCGUAUUCUCCGAGCGUCCCAAUGACCAAACAUCUCAUAUACCCGGCGCCAGAACCAGGAUUGGGUGGUCUGGGUACGCAUCUUACUCUCGAUAUCGCAGGACGCAUUCGUUUCGGACCAGAUGUGGAGUGGGUUGACGAUCCGCACGAUUUGAAGGUUAAUAGCUCGCGUUUACCGGAGGCCAUCGAACAGAUUAGGAAGUUUUUGCCUGAUGUCAAGAUUGAGGGUAUCCAGCCGGAUUAUGCGGGUAUAAGGCCGAAGUUGGGGAGAUUGAGUGCUGUGGGGAGUGGGGCAGGGUUUCAGGAUUUCGUUAUUAGAGAUAUGUCUGAGGAGGGAUACAGGGGUUGGAUCGAUUUGUUGGGGAUUGAAAGUCCUGGGUUGACGAGUAGUUUGGCGAUUGCGGGGUUGGUGGGGAGGUUGUUAUAUUAGGGGGGAUGCCGAGGGGUAGGCUGAAGGGAUUAGGGAGAGAAAGGAAGAGGAGAGAGAAGGGAGCAUUAUUUGGAUGUUAGAUAUAAAAGAUUGAUAAAUACCUAGAUUGAGAGAGAAUAAAAAAGAGUGAAUGAAUAAACUAAAGAAAGGAGGUAAAAUAAACUAAGAAAUACAAAAAAUAAUAAAAAUAAUAAAAAAUAAUAAAAUUAAGUAUUAUUAUAAUAAAUAUCUUUUAAAUAUUAUAUUUAUAAUAAUAAUAAUCAAAAACUUAAUAAAAAUAAAAAUAAAAAUAAUUAAAUAAUUAA